CCGAGAAUUCCGGGUUUUUAUGAGACCAUAAUUUUUUUUUUUAUUUGUUUCUUUUUCUUCUCUUUCUUCUUCAAUAACAAAAUAAUAUACUAUGAAUUCAACACAUGUAAAAAAAAGCUCAAGCUUCCAAGACUCGAUUCCCUUUGAUCCAUGGUCGUAUGAGUUAUUGGCGCUGUGGUUACCUAUUGCAACAUAUUGGAUCCAAUGUAGCUUUUAUGAAAUUUUAAUGAGACUUGAAAUACCAUUUUUUGAACAAUAUCGCAUCCACUCACCAGAAGAUCGACAAAAAAGAAACAGAGUUGCAUUUGGAAAAGUACUAGUGAUGGUAGCACUUCAGCAUGUGGUUCAGAUUGUAUUAGGACUUGGUUUAAUGAAGAGUAUUGAUCCUUUAGCCAGUGAAAUUAAACAUCAAAAUGCCAUCAACAGACAUACAAGCUCCAUUCUUUUAGCUUUCAUCAAUUUGGGCUAUCCUCAAACCUCUGCUUUCCGUAUUGCAAACUAUAUCGCUGUAAAUUAUGAAAAUUAUGUCUUACCCUGUCUCCAGUUCUUUAUCGCCAUGGUUAUUGUCGAUACACAUCAAUAUGUUCUUCAUCGUUUAGCUCACUCUUAUUCUUUUGCAUACAAAUAUAUGCAUUCUCACCAUCACCGUCUUAAUGUACCUUAUGCAUUCGGUGCCCUGUACAAUCAUCCUUUAGAAGGGUUUUUAUUAGACACGUGUGGGGCUGCAAUUGCAUUUGAGGUUACAGCCAUGUCACCUUGUCUGGGCAUGUAUUUCUUUUUAUUUUCCACUGUUAAAACAGUAAAUGAUCAUUGUGGUUACUCGUUCCCUUGGGACCCAUUAACUGUGAUGUUUGGAAACAAUGUCAAUUAUCAUGAUCUUCAUCAUCAAGCCCAUGGUAUUAAAACUAAUUUCGCCCAACCCUUCUUUACUUUUUGGGACACCCUUUUACAUACUGAAUAUAGUCAAGUAAUGAAGGCAAAGGCCGAGGCCAAAGCCUUAAAGAAACUACACUAAUCUCAACCUUUAUACUGUUUAUUCACCUCCACUUACUUUUUACUACUUACUCUUUACCUUAAUUCGCUGCAUUCCUCCCUUACCUCAUACAUUUACUUUUCUCUAAAUCAAACCCCCUCAUCUGUACAUCUCCCUUUUCCUAUUUUAUUUUACAAUAAACUUUAUUGAAACUCA